GAAGAGAAGGGAGAGACUCUCUGGUCCAUAAUUUCAUGUGGCGGCUAUAUUCAGCGUAUGAGGCUUUCGCGGUCUAGUGAAUUGCCUUAAUUUGCACAUGAAACGUUAAAGUAUAUGGAACAACCAAAAAUACUAAUGCACAUUCUGUGGUGGUCAUCGAAUGCCUCAAGACAGAGAUGACCGUGGCCGAGUAUCUGUCGCAGCUUGGCACCAACCCAUACUUCGGGGCUGGCUUUGGGCUCUUUGGUGUCGGCGCAGCAGCGGCAGUACUACGGAAGGGAAUGCAGUUGAGAUGUUGGACUUCUACGUAGGCAUGGUGCUGUUUCGGCGCCACUACAUGAUCACCCUGGAGGUGCCCUGCCGGGACAAGAGCUACCAGUGGCUGCUGCAGUGGAUCACGCGGCAUGCUCGCCACACGCAGCACCUGAGCGUCGAGACCACCUUCCUGCAGCCCGAGGCGGGUGGCAGUGCUCGCACCUCCUUCGACUUCAUACCCAGCGUGGGCACCCACUUCUUUGCGUAUGGGGGCUCUUGGAUCCGAGUGGAACGCAGCCGGGAACAGCACACCCUGGACUUGCACAUGGGCGUGCCUUGGGAAACGGUGACGCUAACUGCCCUGGGCCGAGACCGGCAACUCUUCUUCCGUCUGCUCGAGGAAGCACGUGCCCUUGCCCUGGAGAAGGAGGCUGGCCGAACGGUCGUCUACUGUGCCAUGGGCUCAGAGUGGCGGCCCUUUGGGCUGCCUCGGCAGCGAAGGCCCUUGGAUUCGGUCAUCCUGGACUCCGGCAUAGCCGAGCGUUUGCUCGCUGACAUCCGGGAGUUCAUCGCCAACCCUCAGUGGUAUGCCGAACGAGGCAUCCCAUAUCGAAGAGGCUACCUGCUGUAUGGGCCCCCAGGCUGUGGCAAGAGCAGUUUCAUCACAGCUCUGGCGGGUGCCCUCGAGUACAGCAUCUGUGUGCUCAAUCUGAGUGAGCGGGGCCUCUCGGAUGACCGGCUGCAACACCUCAUGUCAGUGGCACCCCAGCAGAGCAUCAUUCUGCUCGAGGACAUCGAUGCCGCUUUUGUCAGCCGGGAGGAGAGCAGCACAGUGAAGGCAGCCUAUGAAGGGCUCAGCAGGGUGACGUUCAGCGGUCUGCUCAACAUGCUGGAUGGAGUGGCCUCUGCAGAGGCACGAAUCGUGUUCAUGACCACCAAUCAUCUGGACCGGAAAUUCAUCAGUCCCUCAUUGACUUCUUCGCUGAAGACUGCACGGCCACUGUGGACGGUGCACCUAUAUGUCCUACUUUCGCGGCAUUCUUACAGCAGCGCUUCGAAGUUCAAGUCUAGCGCCUGCACAUGCUUGCAGUCCACGUUGAGAUGAUGUUUGUUUCAUGAUUCCGGUAACAUUCAACGACCUCCACUUUCUUCUUGACUGUGUAACUGUUCCUCGUGGUGUAUAAAAAGGCAGCAACACCACUUGCAGUGACAGUGGGAACACAGACUGCAAGACUGCAGCUUAAGUAGACCCCUUUUGAAAGAAAGCACCACCUGUUGCACACAACUGCAUGUGGCUAGGUGUGUCAACAAAACAGUUUCUUUCUGUCUUAUUUUUUAUUUCUUAUUUUCUUCCGGUCACGACAUUCAGGAGGAUGUUUCUGCAAAUUUUGCGGGCUGCGGUAUAUGUUCUAUAGGGGGUGGGCAUUGACUCGGUGGUUUUGACAUAAUUGAUCUUUUGCCUAAAUGGGGGGUAGGCGAUGACUCGGGCUAUUAAGGUUAUUUUGCUCAAAAAGAAAACCCGCAAAAGAAGAGUACCACAUGAUUACACACUGACCCACACUAAAAAGCAGUGCCCUCAAAAAGGCUCGCUGGGUAAGAAAUAGAUUGUGGCACGAAAGAUAACUGUGCAUGCACUCUUUCUACGACAUGCCAAUAGCUAUCAGAAGUGAGCUAGAGCUACAAUUGGGGCCAGCUGGUAAUACAUCUUCGGGUAAGUGUGCUGUUAUUCAGAGGGACGAAGCACAUAUACCACACAGGGUGCGAUGUGUGGUCUGUGCUUCGUCCAGUUUUGUUACUGUGGAUAUCAGUGCAUUUAUCAAAGAGAGACAGAGAGAGAGAAAAAGAGCUAUCGCCAUAUGUUCCGUACCAAUGCCCUGCAUCAGGCGAGGUGCAACAGAUUAAGCGGUGACUCCUCGCCUACACUUUUGUUCUCAUUGUGAGAUUUUCCAGCGAGUCCGUAUGACAAGAUGGUGAGUUGGGCUAGUUGGUUAAAGUUCAUGUUGAACAGAUCUCAAAGUGCAUCGGCACACAGGCAAAAGGUUACAGAAAAGUAGAUGGGACAAUGCUUCCUUUCAGAACCGCUGUCUUGUCUGCUUUCUUCUUUUUUUUUUUAAACCUUUUGUCUGUGUGCCAGUGCACUUCAAGGUCCGCUCUACAUGAGCCUAUGUGAAGUAUGUUUCUCAAGCUAUGCUUCCAAAUUAAAAACGAAGGAAAGGAACAUGGUUCAACAUUUUGAAUGAGCCACCCUGGCACAAGGAGGACUUAGCAACAAUCAUAUGUUUUCAAGAUUGCAGCACCUUGUGUUGUGGAGAGCCCACAAAAGCAGCAGCACACUCCUCUUUUCGAUGCCUACAACAUUCAUUUCAUAGCUUGGCACGCAAUAAAUUCCUCUGAUGUCCCAGUAUUCCGAGCAUUGAUUUGUCCAUCACAACUGUAUAAAAGUUAACAUAAUGCAUAAUGCGAGCUUGUAUGGCUGAUUGACUUCAUUGGUAGUCAUAUUAGAUGAGUGGUUGACUCAAUAGGCUAUAGUGGUGAAGGCACACCUGUACUUGGCUACCUAGAAAUGCUAAGCUUGACAAUUCACCUCUUCCAAAAGCUUCUUGGGAAGAAUGCCUUUAAUCCCUAUUGUAGAACUCCUUUAUAUCUCAGUGGUUUAUGGUCUACCUUAAGAAAAAGAACAGGCGCCGGCUUCAGUGACACAUCUAGCUUCAUUCAUAUAUUUUAGUCAAACAGACAGCUCAAGUUGGGCCUCUCAGUGUGCUUGCAAGACAAGCCCUGCUGUAUGCAACUGUGGAAGCUACAUAGGUUUAGGCUUGUGAAUGUGCAACACAGCCACAAAAGCCAUGACAUGCCCACACCACAAUAAGUAAUUGGUGCAAAAUGUGUGCAAGAUGGGCUGAUGUGUGAAUGUGGGUGUCGUUGAAAGCUAUGUACAAACAGUAAUGAGCACUCAUGAGAAAGUGUACAGAAGAAUAUCACAUUGUUGCAUGGCAGGAUGUAAAUACACAUAUGCAAGAUCUCCAGAAACACCAUCAGACUACUUCACAUAUACCUUGUUCACUGCUUCAUUCGGCAUGCACACCGGAAGUUCGACACUGGGCACAGAGCUACACAGUACUUGCACACCUAGGAUUAGUGUGAUUGGCCAAGGUUGCAGGUUUACCGGCCUCUUUAUCCAUUGCCUUUUCUUUCAGGUGUGUGAAAAAUACAAUGCUGAAAAUGUGGACCAUCAGUGUGAAUAGCAGACGCAGCAUUUUCUAAAGUGGCAACUCAUUCUCUGUUGCUAGAUGCCAUUCAAUAGUGCAAAACAUGUGCACCUCGGCUCUCAACUGGCCACCAGUACAGUUUUCUGUCACAUGAUCACAAGGUGCGCGAAAUGCCUGGCAGUGGUUGUACAUGUUUAUCACAGGCGGAGCAGGAACAAUUAUAACAUAUCUGUGCCUUAGUAGAAUGCUUUGCCUGAAGUGAUUUUUGCCCACCUGUGCCCUGCACAUCGCUGCAAACAUUGGAUUGUUCUAUUAUGAAGUCACAUUAUCUGCCACACGAACAGUGCUCAAUCUGCAAAUGUGGCUGAAAGGUUGUGGUUGUAGUGGUCAUUGCUGUCCUUGGGUACCUGGAUGCCGUGUCCAGCUAGGCUAUUUGAAACAAAGCUCCUUUCAGGAAUACACUGUUGGUGCUUAUAGAAACACACAAAGGUGCUGAACAUAGGCCACAUCUGCCUUUCUUGGAUUUGAUGGCACUCUGAACAUGACACAAAGAUGCAUUGCUCCAUAUUGUUCAUUUGGUAGAGAUUUCAUUGUGGCCAGUGUAGCUGAAGGUAAUCUUGUCAAGCCUGCCUUUCUUUGUACACAGAACUUCUUUUAAAAAAGCCUGAACUGGCAUAACACAACACAACACAAGUGAAGAUAAAAUGAAGGGUACUUUGCUUGCUCACGUUUUUCAAAGCACAUGAACUAGACCAAUCUCUGGCCCUUCCAAGGAACUUCCUCCACUAGUACCAUAGUUUCAUGGAUACAAUAACCAUGGUUGGGUUGAACUUCAAUUACAGCCAGCUGCUGUAAUUCAUUGUUAGGUGAUAAGCUAAUCCACGCUUAAAUGUAAAGUUACUGUAGUUAUUUAGAUAACUACAGUUAGGAUUUGGAUGCGAGUUUAACCGUAGUCAUAACCAUGGUUAGGGUAACUAGGGCACAAGUUGCACAGGUGCUGACAACGGAGAAAGUGUCCAUAGUGCCUAGGCCACAGCACUUGUCAAAGAUUUUAUCGAAAACAGUGCAUGGGAUGUCACUACUUCCUACAUGCUGCACCCGUUGGUGGAACAGCAGUCUGGUUAAAGGAACACCAAAGGGAAAUGGCUACCUUUGUCUAGACAUGCAACAGAUGAAUCUCUCCAGAACCCAUUAUGCAUUUCUCCAUAGAGGCAGGUGACCUAUAGAAAGAGAGAAUCAGAGUAGCACUUCCCUUGAAGAAUGUGGCUGUUGCUGUAUUUUGGUCCCUGUGCAACAAAGACACACGUGUCUGAGUCGAGUUGCACGUGCAGCACAAUAAUUUUUUUCUUAAGAGUUUAAAUAAUAGCCUUUGAUACAUUUCUAGUCAUCAUGGAUGUAUCAUUGAUAAUCAGUUUCACGUAUAUAUCCCUUUUAGAGCACAAUUGACCAAAGCAGCAAAUGUGAUAAAAAGAAUGACAGGCUACCCCUCACUAAUUUCAUGCUGCUUAAUUCCAAGCACAUGUAUAGAUUGUCCAGCACUUUAGUAAGGCAUAAUACUGCAUCAUGAAACCACUCUAAAAAUAAUUGGUCAAGAAAACAAUUGUGGUGCAAGCAUCCCAAGAUGGCGGUGUCAUGUCUUUUGUUUUUAAGUAGUUUUUGGCGCUAAGCCUUUGCUUUUCGUAAACAUUGCCUCUAUUGGCAAAUGUGUAAUCUUCCAAUCUACCUUAUAGUUUACUCUCCUGGCCCAUGUGGAUGUUGUAUUUGGCAUCACUUUAAGUUAUAUCCAGCACACCACAAAAGCCUUUCUCCCAGUGACCUUCUGCUGCCCCACUCUUGCGUUAGCUCACUGCAUUCUAUGCCUGCACAUUUCCUGAACUCCAUCUAAUCUUCUACUGCCCCUGGCUUAACCUUCGCGCGACACCCAUUCUGCUACUCCAAUAGACCACUAUCUAUUCCCUACAGGCUUGGCCACUUCUGUUUACAGUCGAGCGCCUCUUCAACGAGAUGACCUAGGUAAAGAAGGAAUAGGUCUGCCCCGGUUCUAUUGUGUAGUGCAUGAUCUUUACAACGAAGUGAUGCGUAUAACAAAUAAUUUUGGAGGCCCCAAGCACUUCAUAUAAAGGAAUUUGACUGUAUUCUUCUUGGUCUCAAAACUGCCAGCUAUCUGUGUACUUGAUAUUACCAGAUAAGAAGACAGUUCUAUGAAUUGUUAGCCACAUGGUUCUUUUCAUUCCAUCCCUCCUUGUGAGGUCUUUAGCAUCUUUCCCAGUGUCCUUUCCUGUUGUCCAAGUGUCCCCUUAUCAUGUACUGGAUAUUGUAAACACGGCAAGAAGCAUUCUCCUGUGGGAAUUUAGUCUUCAAAAGCAUUCAGUACAGUAGUAAUAGAGAUACAAGGCGAUGAAAUUUUGCAAGACAGUCAGUGACCUAGCAAGACAUAUUUUUCAGGGAGGGGGGGCAUGUGCCUGGUGUGCCCCCCUCCCUGGCUAUGCCACUUAUGACAAUGCUGGCAUGAGGCAAGAGCGAUUCCCACUGCACAGACAUUCUCUCCUGUAGGCAACAUUUUUCCCAUUCCUUUUCUCUUAUUGGACACUUACGCAAGAAAAUGACAUCACAAGGGCCACCAGGCCUUUCUUUUUUUCUUUGCUUUUGCUACAUGUCGCGGAGUUGACAACCAGGCAUCCAUGCUUAUACUGAAGUGACACCAGCGUGUGCGUGAAGGACGUCUAGGAACAGUGAGCACAUGUGGAAUAGAAAAAGUUGAGACAAGCAGGAGUGGCGCAAUACAAGUGAUAGUAUGUACGUGGGCUUCUUUAAAGCGUACAAAUGAAACACAGCUCAGUGACCAGACCGUGCAUGCACGUAGCACAUCAUUCCAGAUAUUAUUGCCUCUCAACCUGCCACUCUAAAGCUGAAUCUGCUGUCGUGAUUUACCAGCUCAGGUGAUGAUGAGAUCAGCCGCUUUUGCUAGAAAUUCAUGCUGUAUUUGUUGCUUACAUGGUUGUAACAUUUCUUAGAUACGACGAUCAUGACUGCAUGAUCUAAGCACCAGGCAAUGUAUGAAAAUGAUGAGGAAUACAUUCUUUGAGGUGUUUGUCCCAUGUCCUCCUCCUGCUUGUGUUCGCGUCUUAUUUACUGUGAUAGGACAAUCGUACCUUCGCUACGCACCAGCUUACCCAGCAAACCACCCUACUUGAAAUACUAAUUGUGGCUUGCUGUCAAGACAUAUUGUUUUGUUUGUUUUCUUGUUGACAUUGGGAAGCAGCAACAGUAAAUUAGUUUUCUGCCUGGCAUUCCAUGUACAGAAGAACCCUGUUGACUAUGCGUUGCAUCUUUCUGGCCACACGGUCAUAGUGCAAAGCCCUUAGACUCACGUGCAUUGUAUUCCUGUAACACAAUGUUCCUGCAUUUUACAGUGCAUCUUGAACAAUGUAGUCAUGCAAAACACAAGUAGAGAGUUUUUUGCAUGCACAAACAAUCUAUUGAAUGAAUGAAUGAAUGAAUGAAUGAAUGAAUGAAUGAAUGAAUGAAUGAAUGAAUGGGCCACAUUUACUGCUAGAUUCCCAGCAGCAUAGCUUAUCACAGAGGCAAUCGCCUAUCAACUACUCAUGGUAGCACAGUGUUAUCUUCACUAUAACUGUCCUCAGUUAGUAGCUGUUGUAAGCCGGAUGUGUAUAGUCAUGUUGUCAACAACAUCACUCUGAGCUCUUGUAAGCCUUGAAUGCUACCUUCAAUGAGAUGAACCUUCCCAGGUGAAAACUGUACUGCGUUCAUUUGUUUCGGCUAAGGGUGUACAAAUAGCAGUUUUUUGAGACCAAAUUGAAUAUGAAUAGUGCCAGAAACGAAUAGAAUAAUAACUGGUGGAUAAUGUACAGUCAACCAGAAAAGUUUACGGGACGCAGCAUCUGCCAAGAAGCUGAAUUCUUGCGAAGCGUAGUCACACAGCACUGAAUAAAAUGUUUUAGCAUGUAGUAGCCUUCGUCACCUAUACAGUGAUUCAUUAAAUACGAAGUGUCAU